AUGAGCCCCUGCGGGCGGGCCCGGCGACAGACGUCCAGAGGGGCCAUGGCCGUCCUGGCGUGGAAGUUCCCGCGGACCCGGCUGCCCGUGGGAGCCAGUGCCCUCUGCGUCGUGGUCCUCUGCUGGCUGUACAUCUUCCCCGUCUACCGACUGCCCAACGAGAAGGAGAUUGUGCAGGGGGUGCUGCAACAGGGCACGGCGUGGAGGAGGAACCAGACGGCGGCCAGAGUCUUCAGGAAACAGAUGGAAGACUGCUGUGACCCCGCCCAUCUCUUUGCUAUGACUAAAAUGAAUUCCCCCAUGGGGAAGAGCAUGUGGUACGAUGGGGAGUUUUUAUACUCAUUCACCAUUGACAAUUCAACUUAUUCUCUCUUCCCCCAGGCAACCCCAUUCCAGCUGCCCUUGAAGAAAUGCGCGGUGGUGGGAAAUGGUGGGAUUCUGAAGAAGAGUGACUGUGGCCGUCAAAUAGAUGAAGCAGAUUUUGUCAUGCGAUGCAAUCUUCCUCCUUUGUCAAGUGAAUAUACUAAGGAUGUUGGAUCCAAAAGUCAUUUAGUGACGGCUAACCCCAGCAUAAUUCGGCAAAGGUUUCAGAACCUGCUGUGGUCCAGAAAGACGUUUGUGGACCACAUGAAAGUGUAUAACCACAGUUACAUCUACAUGCCUGCCUUUUCUAUGAAGACGGGAACAGAGCCAUCCCUCCGGGUUUAUUACACACUGUCAGAUGUUGGUGCCAAUCAAACAGUGCUCUUUGCCAACCCCAACUUUCUGCGUAGCAUUGGGAAGUUCUGGAAAAGUAGGGGAAUUCAUGCCAAGCGCCUGUCCACAGGACUCUUUCUGGUGAGCGCGGCCCUGGGCCUCUGUGAAGAGGUGGCCAUCUAUGGCUUCUGGCCCUUCUCUGUGAAUAUGCAUGAACAACCCAUCAGCCACCACUACUAUGAUAAUGUCCUGCCCUUUUCUGGCUUCCAUGCCAUGCCAGAGGAAUUUCUCCAACUCUGGUAUCUUCAUAAAAUUGGUGCACUGAGAAUGCAGUUAGACCCAUGUGAGGACACCUCACUCCCACCCACUUCCUAG